AGCGCUCCCAUGGUGCCCCGCGGCGGCGGCCAUUCAAAUCCGCGCUGGCCACCAGCCGCCGCUCAGAAAAUGGCGGUGCCAGGCGGCGCGGAGAGGCUUUGCGUCCUGGCGGUAGCUCCCCCUGUGCCUCCUGGGCGGGCGACCGCUGCCUUGUCCCCGCUCUUUGCGGCUGAGGCGCUGCCGGCGGCGGCGGCCCCGGAGCGCGGCGGCGGGGCACGGUCCCGGCAGAGCGGGGCGGCGGCGGCGGGGUGCCCCUCGGUGUCGGUGGUGUUCCCGGGUGCCGUGAGCCGCGAGAGCUGCUGCCGCUUCGCCUGCGAGCUCCUCAAGCACGUCCUGCACCAGCGACACCAGCUGCCGCUGCCCUACGAGCAGCUCGCCUACUUCUGCCGGCGGGCGGCGCAGGAUGGAGACAUGAUUAAGAAGCCACCCUCCAUAGACAUGGCAAGCAAGAAAUGCCAGCAGGUGCUGAUGGAGCUGGAGGGGGUGCUCCAGCACUUGGAAGUGAUGUUCAGUUUGACGCUGGUUCCUCGUGUCCUUAUCCUGCUUGGUGGCAAUGCCAUGAGCCCCAAGGAGCUUUAUGAGCUCAACUUAGAGGGUAUCUGUUUGGGCAGUGCUGAGGAGAGCCUGAAAACUCCAUUUUGCGUGCGUAAGCUUUUUCACUCACUCUUCAUUGCGGAUGUCUUCAGUGAACUUAAGGUUCUCCCCGUCGUGGGCACUGUUGUUAUGCUUCAAGGACACCGUGAUUGUGGCGUUGAUUGGUUCCGGCCCAAGCUCAACUACAAAGUGCCAACUCGAGGAAGGAAACUAAUUGUCAACUUGUCCUCUGAUGGAGACAUCAAUAUAAGUGCCUCAUCUCCUCAGGCUAUGGCUCCUGCCUGGGAGGAUUACAUAUGGUUUCAAGCACCAGUGACACUCAAGGGGUUUCAUGAAUGACUUGUGCUUUAUAGAACUUUAAUGGAUUAUUGAAUAACGUUUUGGUGCUGCUUUAGGUGGCGACUAUUUUAUCAAAUGUAAUUGCGUAUUCUUGUCUCUCUGGAUCUUUUCUCCAGGGCAUCUACUAUCUUCCUGUAGCUGGACUGUGUUAAUCUUUCCAUGAAACAGCUGUAAAAUUCUUUCUUGUAAAGAAUUGUAAGCAAAUACCUUUUAAGAGACAAUUACAUCUAAAUACAGGCAUUCUUUAGGGACCUGGGCUGUGGCAAAAGAGACGAACUGUUGUACUGGGAGUAAAACUUCCUUGCAGCAUACUUAUUGAACUGGCAAAUACUGGAUACAGUCUUCUCUCUCCUGAGUUUUAACACAGCAAUUCCUCUAGCAAUAAUUACUACUUUAACAAAUUGUUUGGGACUCUAAAUAAUGUACAUGAUUAUUAAUACAGUUGGCCUUUCCAGGGCUUUAUAGCCUUUAUUGUAAAGGCUAUAGCAAUUCUUACCUACUCCACUGCUGCGAAAGGAGAUCUUUCCCUGUAGUCUGAUCAAAUUUGAGUAUUCAGGUGUUUGGCCAUCUAUUUGAUAAAGCUAGACUUCCCAUAAUUCAGUUUCAGCUAGUUAAUCAUCUGAAGAGUGGGACUUCUCAGCAACUGGGAGUUCUCAUAACUAGCAUGGUGUUCUAUUUGUAAAAAGAGAUUAAGUAGUCUUGUGGAGGCAGGAAAGCACAUUUUGGUGUCUCUUUACUAACCUUUAGUCUAACAGCCUUGAUAAUCAGUUUGUUAUAUAGUUGAAGAGUAAGCAAGAAUAAGCAAUUUUUGUUCUAGCACUCUUCAGAGGAAAUUAGGACUCUUGCCACAUUAUGCUAGUUUAUUCUCAUUAAAAAAAAAGUUCAUUUCUUGCUUACUUUUACCUCUUAGAAAUGUUAGAAUCUUAGACUGUAAACCUUGCUGAAAUGUGGAGAAGAGAUGAGGGGGAUAUGAUCAAGUUCAGCACUGUCUUCAACUGUGAACUUCUGUUCCAAAUCAGAAUGCCCUGUAUUACAUGGAAGUGGAACUUGAGCCCUUUCUUCUGUACCAGGUUUGAUGUCUAGUGCAGAAUGGGACACAGAGAGAAACCCUUAGAGCACACUAUCGAACUAGAUAUCCACUGCAGUAGUCUUGAAUCAGCUGGUACCUAUCUAUAAUGCAAUGAGUUUAAUAGCUCUAAAUAUCUCUCUCCUGUUUGAAACUGUAAGCUACUGGUAGUGAGGUUGCUUGUAGUUGCUUACUAGCACUAAGUGCACUCUGGGGUAGUAGAAGAUCUGUUGAAAGGAGGGUAAAGGGUGAAAUAACCCCCCUGCACUUAUUUCUUUUUUUUAAAUUGUCUGACCUUUUGGAGUAGAAUAAGAUUAUAGAACUGGAAGGAAGGUCGUUAAGUUGAUAUUUUUGAGCUUGGAGAACACUAGGAGUGCUGUUUCUGCCUUACGAUCCGUUAUCAGCUGUUAAUAAAGAUGUAGUGACUGCUAAAGCUAGCUCAGUGAAGAAAUUGCUAGAAUGAAGAAUGCUGCCUUAUGUGCAGCUGCCAACUUCAGUGUGUAAUCACAGGUCUCUUAAAUGAAAUGUAACUUGAACAGGUGGAGUGUUUGAUGUGCUCAGGAAAUCAAAACCCUUUAUUUCCACCAAAGCUGCUUGUAAUGCAUAUUUAAGAAUGCUAGCACUCAAAUAUUUAAAGGAGCUUUUGAACAGAAGCCUUCGUUCUGAGGAACAAGGGGCCAGUCCCUUUCCCCUCCCUCUCUUAAAUGAGUGCAAUGUUAUGGCAUUAAAAAGUUUACAUAUUCUGGUAUACUUGAACUAUGAAUGCAGCAAUGAUAGGGUGCUAGGAAUGAAAGAAGACAAGAUGCUUUUUUUUUUUUUUCUUAUGAAGAGCUUUAGAGCUUGAUUAACAAGUUUAGUAGUUAUAAUCAUCAUCAUCAAAAUAAAAUGCUGGCUUCUG